GUGGCAAAAAAGACCGCCCGAAUUACUGGUUCCCAUUUAGCCACUUUGCGGGCUUCCCUGACCUUGUCUAACAAUGAGGCUGAAUUAAUGGAAGAAUUAAAGAAUAAAUUAAAUAAAAAAGGAGUUUAUCCCUCUAAAAGGCCAUUAGGCAAGAGUGAAGAAUUAUCCAUUCCUGCUAGUUUAGAAAUCAUUAUUGAAGAAAAUAAAUUAAGUAUCAAAUCUACUAAUCCUUCUUCUGUUCCAUUGGCCGGCACUUUUAAUGCUUUAAUUUCCAAUAACAUAAAAGGGGUGGUCAAACCUUAUGAAGUAGUCUUAGAAAUAAAAGGAGUUGGGGAAGCAGAAACUAUUAAAGUAAAAGCCGCCAAAUCAGCAAUGGCUGACAAUUCCGGAGCCAAAAAAUUGUUAGUAAUUCGCUGUUUGGGUGGUUCUAAUCGGCGGUAUAGUCGGAUUGGUGAUUUAGUGGUUGCCACCGUAAAAAAAGCCGACCCUCACUCGGAAAAUGUAAAAAAAGGGCAGAUAGUUUUGGCUUUGAUAGUAGCCACUCGGCAGGCUUUUCGUCGUCAAAAUAAUACUUGA